CAACGCGCAGUGCGAGAUCAUCGAUCAAAUCGAAGCCAACCGAAGCCCAGUCAACAUGAAAUUCUUGCUUCUGAGUGUGUUCCUCUGCCUGGCUGUGUGCUUCAUGGUCACCAGUGCUGCUCCCCGAGAGGAGGCCGUUCCCGAGGGCCUUGAAGGUCCUGGCAGCGAGUCCGUCAACCCGUCCGACGAUCAGUCUUUCCUGCUCAAGCUCAAGUUGCUGAAGAAGCUCCUGUUCUUGGGCUAAAUGCACACCCACAUCGCCCAUUAAUGGAUUUUUAGUUUAACUAUGUGUUUAGGUCUUUAAGAAGAAGAGGAAG